AAUUUCCUUUUGUCUUUGCUCUGUGUCCCAGAGUGAAUCAAAGGAAGCCCGUCUUUGAAAAGACUUCUUUUGACUUAUUUUUUAUACAGGGAGCUUUCUGAUCUUAUUUGGAAUAAGUAAGAUUAAUGUUCACUCUCAAGUAUUUCUGAGGGUAUACUCCCUUACUCACAGGACUACACCCUUGUGGAAAAAUACAAGAGGUUUCUGGUUCUCCCAACCACUGGACAGCAAGAGAGUUAAUACACAAUGAGCCAAGAACCUCAAAAUAAACAAGAAGGCCAGCCUUCCCACCUGAUCCCUUGGGCCAUCGCUAUUUUUUUCAUCUCACUCCUCAGUGCUUGUUUUAUUGCAAAUUGUUUGGUGACUCAUUACAGCUUUCUACACUGCAGGAGACGCAUGGGAAUGUUCAAGUUACCAGAGUAUUACAAGAAGAUAACAUGCACCAAAGAGGAAUCAAAACUGAAAGGAAGCACCUGGAAUUGCUGUCCUACUGGUUGGAGAUCCUUCCAGGACAGUUGCUAUUUACCUCUGAAUGACAACAAGACAUGGGCAAAGAGCGAGAGGAACUGCACGGACAUGGGGGCUCAUCUGGUCACCAUCACCUCAGAAGCUGAGCAGAACUUUAUUGUUCAAUUUUUGGAUAGACGGUUUUCAUAUUUCCUGGGACUUACAGAUGAGGACCAUGAAGGCCAGUGGUCCUGGGUGGACAAGACACCAUUUGACCCACAUAUUGUAUUCUGGCAUGAGGGUGAACCCAACAACUAUAAACAGAAUGAAAAUUGUGUUAUCCUUGUUAACGUCCAAGACAAAUGGGCCUGGAAUGACUUUCCUUGUAACUUUGAGAGAAGAAGAAUUUGCAAGUUACCUGGAACACCAUUCAACUAGAAACCUCCAAAGGAGUCCUUAUGAUGGCAACAGAAAAGGGGACCCAAUUAGACCAGGGCAGAAUGUGCCUGCACCAUUGGAGCAGAGAAAACACGCUGAGAAAAUAGAACAUUUUUCAGUUACGAUGGCCUUACUUUUGUUUUAUUCGUUCAAGACAAUGUGCUUUUGUGUGGUUUGGUGGCCACACAAUGGAUUCUGUGAGAAUCCAUUUUCAUGAACUUUGCUUUCUUGAUAGUGUAUCAAAGUGUUUCCUUUGCGAUUGGUGUGCAUUGAUUAUAUGUCAAACAGAAUGGCUCAAAUGAGGUGAUCUCUUGGUCAUUGUUCUCCUCUGCUCAAAUUCUUAGCUCUUAAAAUUCAAAGGCAGGGUAUUCCAACUGACAGAGGCAUGCCACUUUUUUUUAAAUAUGACAAACCCUUUGAAGUUUUCAAACAACAUUCUUAUUGUUCAAUGUCUCGUUCCCAGACUUUUUAAUAGUAUCAGUCAUUAGAUUGACAUUCCAUGAGCAAAAUAUUUUCUGAACAGGAGUGUAGGAGUUCUGAAUCGUAGUAUUGCCAAGAUGGAAAACAAAGAAAGUCUUAUCUACCUUUAAAAACAUUUUCCUCUUACUCUACCUUAAAUGUCUUCCCAAAGCAGGGAGUCCCAAGCUGACUUAGUUUCUUUUCAAGCGGAUAAAUCCCUCAUAGGCCACCUUAACCAAACUGCCUUCAACUGUGUAGCUGAAGAAACUGAACCCACGGGAAGGCAAAGAGCUCACCUGGAACAUUGCUAGUUCAUGAAGAGAAACAGGACUGUGGCCCAGAACUACUUUUCACGGGCGGCAAACUGUGUUGCCUUCGGUAUUACAGGAAAGUUACUGGGGUGACUUGGCCUCUUGACUAAUGGAUGAAAGUUCUAGCAUUGUAUUUGUGUUUCUUCUACAUUUUUAAUUUGAGUCAGGAAAAAAAAAUCAUAUUUUCAGCCCAUUUAUGUUAGCAUGUCUUUUAACGUUUAUUUAUUUUUGGGACAGAGAGAGACAGAGCACGAAUGGGGGAGGGGCAGAGAGAGAGGGAGACACAGAAUCGGAAACAGGCUCCAGGCUCUGAGCCAUCAGCCCAGAGCCCGACGCGGGGCUCAAACUCACGGACCGCGAGAUCGUGACCUGGCUGAAGUCGGACGCUUAACCGACUGCGCCACCCAGGCGCCCCUAGCAUGUCUUUUUAGAGCUAUAAAGCUAGAGUUCAAACUAGAAGGGAAGUCCUUGUCUUAACAACAUGACAUGACACUUCUGUGAUAUCACUAGUGUGAACUGUGGAGCAGUGCUAUCCAAAAUAUGGUGGUCUUCCUUAAAAUUCUCAAUUUGCUGAUGUUUCCUGAAUCGAAGCUAAACAAUUCCAAGCAGUGGCUUUUUUUUUGAAGUUGAUUUUAUUUUGAGAGAGAGAGAGAGAGAGAGAGAAAGAGUGAGCAUGAGCAGGGGAGGGACAGAGAGGGAGGGAGAGAGAGAGAGAGAGAGAGAAUCCCAAUGGGGGUCUGUUCUCUCGGCACAGAGCCCUAUAUGGGGCUCCAUCUCACAAACGCGAGAUCAUGACCUGAGCCAAAGUCAAGAGUCAGAUGCUCAACCACUCAACUGAUUUGGCCAUCCAGGCCAAGCAACGGCUUUUUAACCUGACUGCCUUAAAGCUAUUUUUGAAAACAGCAUUUAUUUUGUAAAUUACUUAGUGAUUUUCUGCGUUAGGAAGAUUAGUGUUUGAUUGUGUGUGUGUGUGUGUGUGUGUGUAUCUGCAUUUAAAGCUGAUACUUUUAACUGAAGGAGUGCUAAUGAUUUUAAUUGUUCGCCAUUCACUAGUUACAUAGCACAAAAUCUACAAAACUUGUGGAAAUAAUUUUAUGUAUAUGCUAAAAGGCUUUGUGUAGUUAACAUCACCCAUUUUCUCUACCGUAUAUAGGUAGAGAUUCAGUUGCCAAUAAAAUGUGAUCUCUAUGUGAUUUUAUA